UCCCAUCUCCUUUUAUCUCAAGUUCUGAUACUCAGCUUUUCCACUAAGUCACUGAUUGGGUUACCACUUGCUGCUGCUAAUUGGUAGAGUUAACACGUAUUUAAGUAUUAACUAUGUUGAAGCAAUCACCCAGUAGGAACCAGAGGUCAAAAGGCUUCAAGGUGAAGCAUGCUCUUCAGAUAUUUCUGCUGCUUGCUAUUUGCAUCUGGUUGCUUUACCAGCUCAAGCACUCCCAUGAUAAGAAAGCAUAUGAAGAGAGCUCUGCAAAGAUUUCAGGAAAGAUGCAGAAUGGGCAAGAAACAAUAAAACUUGGGAGGCGUAGCCUCCAUCCUCGGGUGGAGGAAACUUCCUUGGAUAUUGGAAGGCAUAGGGAAAAAGAAGAAGAAUCUGAAGAAGAGGUAGAUGAGAGUAAAGAUGAAGAAAGUGAGGAGGAAGGAAGAGGUGCUGAAGAUGAUGAAAUAGACGGGCAUGAUCAAGAGAGAGCUGAGGACGAGUCAGAAGGGGUAGAGGAUUUGAUUGAUGAAGAAGAUACGGAGAGGGAAGAGGAAAGUGAAGAGAAGGGAAAUGAUUUGGAGAUUCCCAGAUUGCUAGAGGAUCAAGCCCAAAGUGAAGAUACAAGGAACACCCAGGAGGCCAGAGAGGAACGGUACAAGGGUGAUGAUGCAUCCAGUGCUGUGAAACAGAACACCCAAAAACUAAGCAGUGAAAUUGAAGUCGGAAGCUUGAGAAAAGUGAAGGAAGAAGAGGUAGAUAAAGAGAAUAAAACCAAUGGUAUCCUAGAUUUUAGAGUUGAUACAAAUGAUUCAGGCCCUAAAUUUGGUAAUGUUGGCACAGCUAAAAAUGCUGCUGUUGACAAUGCUGUGUAUGGUGAAGAAAGAAGUAAUCAUUUUGGUUCGUCCAACUUAGAUGUUCAGGCAUAUACUAAUUCAUCAAUCAACAUGAUUGAAGAAGCAAAAAUGAGCAAUGAUUCGACAGUGGUGCUGGUUGAAUUCGCUGAUUCUCUUGAUGGAACAGAGAUGUUACCAAAGUUAUACAAGGAUGCAAGUCUAACUUCUAGCCAAAGGCACUCAUACUUGGAAGCUGUUUCGGGGAAGGAGAACGAAAACCCCAAAUCCAAGGAUAUGCAGUCAGGUUCCAGUAUGACAUUAUCUGCAACUGAGAAUUUAGAUGCACCCAAGCAAGAAAUGAAAGUUUCUAUUGGUUCUGAAACAGAAAGUGUUGUUGUAUCAGAAGCAAUUGCAGAUCUUGAGAAAAGCUCUGCUCCUAAAACCACCAAUGAGAAUGACCAGGAAGUUGCUAAUGUGGAGUCUCAUGCAUAUGGUAGGGUGAACAGAGCAGUGGAAAGUUCAAUGCUAUUGACAACCAAUGAAAAUGGAGAUGCUGUACAAAAUGAAUCACGUUCUUUGGGUUCUUCAUAGAGAUGAUUAGCCAAUCUUGGUGACUUUUACCUAUGAUUGUCAGACCUGGAGCAAACGACAUUGGAGGUAUAGCUGAGUGAUCAUUUCUGGUGGCCAUGUUGGGUUUUCCCUUGGAUGUUCUAUAGCAUACAUGAUAGUAAGGUAGAUGAUCAACUGUAUAGAUCUUUUUCUCUGAUGCCUAGAUGAUGUGAUGCUAUCAAUUAGCCCUGGCAAUAAGUUUAUGCAAAUUAGAAAAUUCGAAAUGUACUUAAGUGUUAUGUAUCUAAUAAUUUUUGAAGUAUCAAACUGAUCUGUAGAAUCAAGAGUUCUACCAAUUA